AUGACGACCGAGACCAACAUCGAGGCGCUCAUCGCAGCCGGGAAGCGCAUCGAGUACGCUUCCGGAUCGCAAUGGGAGCCGAUCUACGGGUACACCCGAGCCGUCCGCUUCGGCCCCUCCAUCUCCAUCGCAGGGACGACCGCCCCCUCCCUCCCCACCUCCACCCCUUCCACGGUCGCAGCCGACCAGACCCGCUCUAUCUUCAGCACCAUCGACAAGGCGCUCACUGCGCUAGGCGGGUCCAUGGGGGAUAUCACCCGCGUGCGAGUCUUUCUGAGGAAUGAGGCGGACUUUGAGGCGGUGAUGACGGUGCAUGGAGAGGUGUUUGCGCGAGCGGGGGUCAGGCCAGCGGCGACGGCGCUGGCGGGUGUGAAGAUGGCCCUGGAGGAGUUGCUGGUGGAGAUUGAGGUAGAUGCUAUUGUCGGAGCGGGUGGGAGUGAAGUAGUCAGGUUGACGGACAAGUGGAGCGUAACGAACGAAGGGUAG